AUGCCACCGAGUCUCCCUUCCGACUUACACUCAAGUGAGCUUCCAGAAUGCCAGGAGCUGACAGCAACACACAGCAGGCAGACCCCAUUUCGCGGCGAUGAAUCUAAAACUGCUGAUGAGGCGGCUGGGAUUUUGGAGAGUGCUCUCAAAAGUUCGGCUGGUGACGUUGUUCGUUCAGAGGCGACCGUCAAAGUGACAUUAAGCGCACAGUUGAAAAAAGCCCAGAAAGUGCAGCAUAAGCUUCCAGUCGACGAACUAGGCAUGGUUGGCAGAGAACAAGAACAGAAAGAAUUAACCUCUUCCUUCGACCACAUCUUUCAUGUGAACUCCGAAGAAUUGGAAAGCUUCAAGAAGCAAGUCGUUUUGGUCAGCGGAAAGAGUGGUACUGGAAAAUCAAAACUUAUCGAUGGGCUAUGUCAGUAUGCUUCAUCUUCGAAACAUUCUGACAAAACCGUGUUGCUGGCUCGGGGAAAGUAUGAUUUCAACGAGUAUUUUGUUGAGCCAUAUUCAGGUAUUGUUGCAGGGUUCGAACACCUUUUCCAUCAGAUCAAGACACACGAAGGAGGUUCGCUUUCGGUAGAAGCUAUUGGAUCGUCGUUGAGAGAAGAGCUUGGGCAAAAUACUGAGACAUUGUUAAGGCUUUUACCCGGACUAGAAGAUAUUCUUCCUUCAGAUACUUCAGCUGGUGCAGCGACUCCAUCUAAUGAGGUAUUUAAUGUUGAAGCAUCUCAGAAGCAACUCAAGUAUUCCUUUCAGGUCCUUGUAAGGGUUCUCUGUGAACACUGCACGGCGCUGCUUCUAGUUUUAAAUGAUUUGCAAUGGGCAGACGAAGCUUCGCUGGAUAUAGUGGAUCACUUGAUUUCCGAUGUUCAAAAUCAAAAUGCUCUUAUGGUCGUGGGGUGCUAUCGGUCCGAUGAAGUAGACGACACCCAUGCCCUCAGCCGUAAAAUUAGAGCCCUACGAGGGAAAAGUGAGAGUCAGAAAAUGGAAAUGACGGACAUUCAUUUGGGUGCUUUCUCUCUGGAAUCCACCAACAAUGUCAUCAUGCGGUUGCUAUCGAUUGGCGAUUCGUUGAAAACGAAGGAUCUAGCUGACAUAUGUUUCAAGCGAACCAAUGGGAACCCACACUUUCUCAUCGAGCUCCUGAUGCUGCUGAAGGAUGCAGAUUUGCUUCGUUUUGGUCGACUGCAAUGGGAAUGGGAUGAAAGCGAAAUCGAAAGCUUCACCAAGUCUAUUAACACUGUUGAAGCCUUGCUUCAAAGCCGAAUGGAGAAACUAUUGGAUGCUGAAAAGCUUCUUCUCCAGUACGCCGCUUGUCUUGGCUCUUCGUUUCAAGUUGAUGUUCUGAAUCUUGUGUGGAAGAAUCACAGUGCAAACAAUUUUGAUUCGAAGUCGAUAAAGGAUUUGGAAUCUUUGCUCCGUGGCCUAGAGAAGGGACACUACAUCGAGUCAAUUGGAGUGAAUAAGUACGGAUGGGUUCACGACAAAGUCCAAGAAGCCGCCUUGUCAUUGGGCGACUCACAAGAGUCUUCGUUUCAGUUCGAGAUUGGCACCAUAUUGUUCAAGACACUGGACGAGGGUCAGCUAGAUGGUUUACUAUUUGACGUGGUUGACUUGAUCAAUCAGGGCAACGUCAAACGCAGACCAGAACUGGCGGUAUUGAAUCUGCAGGCAGCUGAGAAGGCUCGACGAGUUUCUGCCUUUUCCAGCGCAAGUUUGUAUGUGGCUCAUGGUAUUGAUCUCCUUCCAAGUGACAAAUGGUCGAGUCAUCGUAAAACGACACUUCGUCUAUACACGCUUGGUGUCCAGUUGGGACUUGCGACCGGUGAUGUUUUUACCAUGGAAGAAUACAGGGAUGAGAUUCUCUCACAAAAGAAUUGCAGCAUUAUCGAAAAGCUUCCCAUCCAAGUGGCGCAUAUCAAUCGACUCUGCGCUUCAUCGAAGUAUUCUAAAGCCAUCGAGCUUUCGUUAGAUCUGCUGAAGGAGCUUGGUUGCAAUUUGAUUCCACAUCGAUCAUUAGUUACAUUACAGGCAAUUGCUUCCCUGAAGAGCACAAUAAACAUGGCAAAGAAGAUAGUACUUGAAGAUUUCUGUCAGUCCCAUCCCUUGCUUACCGAUCCCCAUCAGAAAGCAAUUAUUCAGGCUCUAUCGAAGCUUGCCUACGCUGGUUUCAUGAAUUCCAAUACCUUCGUUUCUGCGUUAGCUACCACACGAAUCAUACAAAUCACAAUGAAGUAUGGCAUUAACAGCGAUUCUUCAGUGGCAUUUGCCACACUGGGUUUGAUCGCGAAGUCAGCAUUCGGAGACUUUGCCACGGCAGCAUUUUUGGCGAAUACAUCACGGCUCCUGCAGUAUCGAGAUCCGAAUAAUUUUCACACUGCGGAUGCUCUGUUUCUCUCGUACGUGUUUUCGAUUGGUUGGUCAGUACCACUACAAGACCUGCAGCAACCGAUGAAACUGGGUUACUUGGCUGGUAUGCGAGCUGGAAACAACGACUAUGGCUUUUGGUGCUUACUGAAGUAUCACGUGCUAUUGCCUUUGCAUACUGGCAGGCCACUAGGGACUAUCUUGGCACGAUGUCCAGAGUGCUUGUAUCAAUUUGAGGACUAUCACUUGGAUGAACAAUGUUUCUACACAAGACUGAACUGGCAAAUUUGUCUAAGCCUUACUGGGCGAGCUCAAGGACCAACGAGGCUCCACGGUGGUAUUUUCAACGAUAAUAUGGAUAACGAAACCAUUCCGCUCCGCAUCGCAACAGUAAAGAAAGCACAGGUGGAAUUGUGGGUUCUCUAUGGUGCCUAUAAACAGGCUGCAGACCUUGCAAUUGAAUGCGGCGAUUCAUAUGAUAAGCUAUCAAACCUCUCAUUUAUGUGCAUGUCAGAAACAUUCUAUCGAGGACUGGCAUUGUAUGCAGCACAUUGCGAUACAAAACAACGAAAGUACAAGAAGCACGCCAAACGGGCUCGCAAGAAGCUUGCGCUUUGGGAAACGAAAGGAGUCCCAGGCGUGGUGCACUACCACGCUCUAUUGAAUGCAGAACAGGCAGCUGUCGAUAAGAAAUACAAAGACGCUGACCUACGGUAUCAAAAAGCUAUCAAGCUCGCGGCGAGUACAGGAUACUUGAAUUGCGCAGCUCUCUUCAAUGAACGACAUGCCAAUUUCUUGCAACAGAAGGGUCCAUAUUUUGAAUCCCGUUCGGAUGAUGUUGUGUUUCGACUCGGUGAAGCCAUGCGAUACUAUAAGGAAUGGGGCGCAGUGCUUAAGGUUGAAGAAAUUCGAAAGAAAAAGCUUAUAUUCGCGAGCAAAGCGAAGCUCCGUCGAGGUGCAUGA